UCCACUUAUUUUGUUAGUUGUUAAACUCGCUACAGCUGAAGCAAUCGGGCUCUUUGCGCGCAAUGGCUGGCCGUUUAUAUCGUCUGGGAUGGCUGAGAAAUAAAUAAGAACUCCUAUGGAUCUGAGAGUGACCUUCUGAGUGUGCGUACGGGGACGAUUUCAGUAGCCUCUUACAUGAAACCCCAUAUUUCCCUUUUGGGGAUCUAUUUAGGAGUCUGUGCAGCGUUUUAGUUCCGAGCGCACUUGUGUCUGACUCAACGAUGUGCUCCGGGGGGAAAUACUGUGUGCUUUUGUUUCUGUUCAGAAGUAUUCUGUCGGACCCGGGAACCACAAACCAGGUGGUUCUGUUGGACACUACGACAGUGCUAGGCGAACUGGACUGGAAUACAUAUCCUGUCAAUGGGUGGGACGCCAUCACAGAGAUGGAUGAGCAGAACAGACCGAUUCACACCUUCCAGGUCUGCCACGUAAUGGAGCCAAACCAGAACAACUGGCUGCGGUCGGGAUGGAUCCAGAGGCAGGCUGCACAGAGGGUGUAUGUGGAGCUGCGUUUCACCCUGAGAGACUGUAACUCCAUCCCUUGGGUGUCUGGCACCUGUAAGGAAACCUUCAACCUGUUCUACCUGCAGACAGAAGAGCCGCUCUCUGGAGGGACUCGCUUCAGGCCUACUGACUAUGCCAAGGUGGACACUAUAGCGGCGGAUGAGAGUUUUACACAGACAGAUCUUGGCGAUCGUGUUCUUCGCCUCAACACUGAGGUCAGGGAGGUGGGGCCGGUGACCCAGAGGGGCUUCUACUUAGCCUUCCAGGAUGUUGGAGCGUGUAUUGCUCUCGUGUCUGUUAAGGUGUUCUACAAACGCUGCCCAUCGACUUUAAGGAACCUGGCAGCGUUUCCUGACACAGUGCCACAUAUGGACUCCUCCUCUCUGGUGGAGGUUAGGGGUGCAUGUGUGGAGAAUGCAGAAGAGAGAGACACACCCAAACUGUACUGUGGUGCUGACGGAGACUGGCUGGUACCCCUGGGCCGCUGUGUGUGUAGUAUCGGCCACGAGGAGAUAGAUGGCUACUGCAAAGCCUGUAAACCUGGCUUCUUCAAGGCAUAUGCUGGGAACACUAAAUGCACCGAUUGUCCACAACAUAGCUCGAGCCAUGACCAGGCCGCCACCAUCUGUCACUGCGACAAAGGCUUCUACAGAGCUAUCAAAGACUCCUCUGCCAUGCCUUGUACGAGGCCUCCGUCGGCUCCCAGGAAUCUGGUCUCGUUGAUCAAUGACACAGCUCUCUUCUUGCAGUGGAUGCCUCCUAGCGAUACAGGAGGCAGGAAGGACAUCACUUACAACAUCCUGUGCCAGCGCUGUGAGGAAAGAGAUGGCGACAGUGGCGUGGCCCAGUGUGAACCAUGUGAGCCAGACCUGCGGUUCAUCCCGCGGCCGCUUGGUCUGACUGGAACCUCUGUGGCAAUUUUAGAUUUUGCAACACACGCCAACUACACCUUCCAUGUGGAGGCAGCGAAUGGCGUCUCUGGGCUGGGGGUGUCUCCACGCUCGCUGGCGAAUGUUACCGUCAAUACAAACCAAGCCGGUCCUGCUCUGGUGGCUGUAGUCAGGAAAGACUGGGCCUCUGAAAACAGCAUCGCCCUCUCCUGGUCAGAAGUUGAACAGCUUCCCUCAGACAAAGUGGACUAUGAAGUCAAAUACUUUGAGAAGGAGCAAGAGCAGCUGAGCUACUCAUCGACACGGACCAGAAACCCCAGCGUGGUGGUGAGAGGCCUCAGACCCUCCACUGUCUAUGUCUUCCACGUUCGCGUCCGCACUGCUGCUGGCUACACAGCGUACAGCCCCAACUUUGAGUUUGCUACUGCGGCUGAGGAUCCUGAUAUCGCUGAUCAGGGUCAAGUUCUGGUGGUGGUCACAGCGGCUGUAGGAGGCUUCUCCCUGUUGGUCAUCCUAACACUCUUCCUCCUCAUCACUGGACGGUGUCAGGGGUACAUUAAAGCCAGGAUGAAGUCAGAGGAGAAGAGGAGGACUCGCUUCCGCAGUGGACACGUCCCCUUCUCAGGGAUAAAGUCUUAUGUGGAUCCAGAUACAUAUGAAGACCCCACUCAGGCUGUCGAGGAAUUUGCCAAAGAGAUAGAACCCUCAUACAUAUGCAUUGAGAGGGUGAUUGGUGCAGGUGAAUUUGGAGAAGUCUGUAGUGGUCGGUUGCGCAUACCUGGAAGGGUGGACAUUGCUGUGGCAAUAAAGACACUUAAAGGUGGCUAUAUAGAACAGCAGAGGAGGGACUUUCUGCGAGAGGCUUCAAUAAUGGGACAGUUUGACAACCCCAACAUCAUCCGGCUGGAGGGAGUGGUCACUAGGAGCAGACCAGUAAUGAUCGUCGUUGAGUACAUGGAAAAUGGAUCACUUGAUUCCUUCCUCCGGACACGUGACGGACAGUUCACAGUGCUCCAGCUGGUGGGCAUGCUGCGCGGCAUCGUAGUUGGCAUGACCUUUCUUUCAGAAAUUGGUUACAUUCACAGAGACCUCGCAGCUCGCAACAUCUUGGUGGAUGAAAGCCUGGUGUGCAAGGUGUCUGAUUUUGGUAUGACCAGAGUCCUAGAAGAUGACAGUGAAGCAGCCUACACUGCUACAGGAGGAAAGAUUCCAAUACGCUGGACAGCACCAGAGGCUAUUGCUUAUGGAAAGUUUUCCACAUCUAGUGAUGUAUGGAGCUACGCCAUUGUCAUGUGGGAAGUGAUGUCAUAUGGUGAGAGGCCCUACUGGGAGAUGUCCAAUCAAGAUGUCAUUUUAUCAAUUGAAGAAGGCUAUCGUCUGCCCGCACCAAUGGGCUGCCCUGUUACUCUGCACCAGUUAAUGUUGCACUGCUGGCAGAAGGAGUCUAACCUGAGACCACGCUUCAACAACGUGCUCUCUUUCCUGGACAAACUCAUAAUUAAUCCCAGUAAUCUGCUGGCUCUGGUGAAUGAUGGGCAGAGUUACCCUGACUCCCCAGAAGACAUGCCAGACUACCCUCUUUUCAUCUCUAUUGGCGACUGGCUUGACUCCAUCAAAAUGAGCCAGUAUAAGAACAACUUCCUUGCAGCAGGAUACACAACACUGGAUUCCAUUUCAACCAUGAGUAUAGAGGACAUUAGACGUAUCGGGAUCUGCUUAAUUGGCCACCAGAGGAGAAUCAUAAGCAGCAUACAGUCUCUUCGCCUGCAGCUUCACCACAUCCAACAGAGCGGCUUUCAAGUGUGAGACCCUUGCACAAACACAGACUGUGUGUCUGACACACCGAGCCGGAAACAAGACCGACUUCCUUGGCAUCGUCAUGUAACUAAUUGCACAAACACCAGACUAUAAGGUGUAGCAGGUAACACUCGCUGCUCCUGUGGGAGUGCUCCGCUGCUAGACACACAUAUGGUCUAGUUAAUUCACUCAUCAUCGUUUGGACCACCAUCAAUAGAGCCUCCACAACAACCAACCUCUGUCACCGUCGGCCAAAUGCGGUCUCUCUAUUAGCUCAGCAACCACUAGCAUUCACUUGAAUGUAGGACUUAUUUUCUCUAUUGUCCGUUCAAGUGUUCACCAAUACCUCUUCUCUUUCCAAGUGACAAUCCAAUGGUUUCUAUUGACUUUGAUUGGUCUCAAGACAGUUACCUCAUGACCAGAGAAGAUGUGGAUAGGAUAGAAGGUACGGUAACAAUGGUACAGUAUGCGAUUUUAGUGACAAAGAUUCAAGCUGGUUACUGAAACAAUUCGUCAGGAAUAAAGAUCAACAGAAUAGUAAAUACAAUCAUGUUUUUUGAGCUUAAGACCGCUGAAUGUCAAAAGAUUUUAUAGAGAUGUAUAUACGUUCUAUCCUCAUGAUAAUGCAGUAUGUCUUGUACAAAAAGUCUUGUGAAAGUUGUAUGUUUUAUUCAGUAUGGUUGUUCCUUAAUA